AUGACAGAGCUCAGAUGUGUAUUCAAGAAAGAUUUAAUUCGUAUAAUAGUAAUAGCAGUAUCGGAAUUUUUGUAUUUUUCUGAAACUAAUCCGAAAUCUGAAACUAACCCGAAUCCCACAAACAACAAAUGA